AUGGGCUCCAAAUUGAUCGACGAGCAGCAAAGCGAUAUCUUUGACCUACGAUUUGCUAUUGUUGGAGCAGGCAUAGGUGGCCUAGCAAGCGCAUUAGCACUCGCAAAGAAGGGAUUCAAAGAUAUACAUAUCUACGAAAAUGCAUCCAACUUGGGAUUUAUGGGCGCUGGUAUCCAGCUGGCGCCCAAUCUAGUACGCAUUCUAAGUAGACUGGACUGUUGGGAUUCAGUCGAGGCGAAGGCUACCGAUGUGCUCGAGACAAGUAUAAGAGAUGGUGCAACGGAUACAGAACUCGCCCAUGUCCGCAUGCCUGACAUCCGAAAGAAAUAUGGACAUCCUCAUUGCACUGGCCAUCGAGCGUCUCUAGUCGGAGGUCUAUACCAGGGAUGCAGAAAAAUGCCCGCCAUCAAAUUUCACUUUGGUUGUGCUGUCACUGCAAUCACCUCUUUCCAGCCAAAAGUCGAAUUCGUCGUCAAGACACGGGAAGGCGUGGAACAACGCAUUAUUGCCGACACCCUGCUUGCAGCGGAUGGAGUCAAGUCCAUCACCCGCGUUGCUCUGCUCAACCAAAUCAACCACGCCUCGGAAGUAGAAGACACCGGCCAGGCAGCGUAUCGAGUACUUUUACCACGAGAAAAGAUGCAAGACGAUCCGGAAAUGAUGGCACUACUGGAUAGUAACCAGGUUACCAGGUGGAUCGGUGAGAAAAGGCACUGGAUUGCGUAUCCUAUCCAGUCAAGAACCAUGUACAACAUGUCGUCAAUCCAGCCAGACACCAACUUUGCCUCGGAACCAUCCAUGACAUACAUGACAAAGGGAUUAAAGGACACAAUGCUCAGCGUCUUUGCAGAUUUCUGCCCGCUUAUACAGCGGAUGCUCGAUUUGGUUCCUGAUGGCCAAGUUUGUGAAUGGAAGUUGCGUGUUCAAAAACCUCUACCAACAUGGGUCCAUGGAUCCGUGGCUCUAGUAGGGGAUGCAUGCCAUCCCACUCUGCCACAUCUGAAUCAAGGAGCCGCGCAAGCUGUUGAGGAUGCUGCCGUGUUGGCUGAGGUUUUGGCCAAGUGCCCAGGCAGUGAUUUGCCUUCCCUCAACAAGUCGCUACGUGUUUACGAACUGAUACGUAAGGAACGGGCCUCUACACUUGUGCGGUGGGCUGCUGAGUCGGGCCGUAUUUUGCAUUUGGGUCAAGGGAAAGCAAAGGAGGAACGAGACAGGCGGUUUGCUAACGCCAACGCCGGUGGGCAUCAUCUUCCCGAUAAGUGGGCAUCUUCUGAUGUUCAGGAAUACAUUUACUCGCAUGACUGUAUGCAGGAGGCUGCGGAUCAAUUUUGUCGAUUGUAUCAGAGUUUGAGCUAG